GCGGCGGCGGCGGCCCGGUAGAGGAGUCGCGCCGCGAGUCCGAAGACGUACGAACGGCGUCGAGCGUUGCCGAAGCGACGAACCCUCUGUCCUCGGCGAGCGUCGCCCCACCACAUCCAGUCGCACCGCGAAUGCCAUAUCGUGCGUUUCGUACGCGCGUUCUUCCGUGCGCUCGUCCCUCGUAAAACUACACACGGGCCCCCGACGACGCGACGUGUGUGUCUCGCCAGCGCGGUGCGGAGAGAACGCGGAAUCGGGAACGUUUUCGCUUCGCGGGACGACGUUCGCUGGCGUCUUUCGCUCUCUCUCUCUCUCUCUCUCUCUCUCUCUCUCCCUCUCCCGCUCCCUCUCCCUCUCUCUCUCUCUUUAUCUCGCAACAUUCUGUCCUCUUGCCUCGUGUGUCUUGUCCGCUUCGCCGAAAAAUCUUCGCCAAGGAGAAAGCAGAGAAAGAGAGGGGGAGGGGGGGAGAGAGAGAGAGAGAGAGAGAAAGAGAGAGAGAAAGAAAGAAAGAAAAGCAUCGUGAGAAGAGAUCGCAGAGUGCCACCGAUCGCCGCGAACUUCGCCGUGCUCGGUGGCCAGCGCGCGCGCGCGCGCGCGCGCUCCGCGCGCGUUUCUCCCGCUUUCGGCUGGGCUGUCGCGGGAGACUCGCGCUUCGCCGAAGGCGAAAAGAACGACAGUAAGUCGGGGUAGAGAGAGAGAAAGAGAGAGAGAGAGAGGGGGGAGAGAGAGAGAGAGAGAGCGGGAGCCGGAGCGAGCGCGUGCUGUUCGUGUUUGGCGAAACGGCAGCACGAGACCGACGUCGCCACCGCCGUCCCGCCGUUGAAACCAGCCGAUCCUCGAUGUGUGGGAAGAAAGUGCGCGAGUCAACAGCGGUAACGCGCGCGCCAAGUACGCGGCCAGUACCGUAGACGGCCGGCUGUGAUUGGCCGGUGCGGUAACGCAAGAUCCAAAAAACCGCGACCGUUUCGCCGCGUCCGGCUGCGAUUUCGACACGCGCGCGCGUCCAUCACGUCGGUGUGGUCGUUCGCGUAAUCGGGGAAAAACUGCUCAUCCAACUUUCUUUCCAAACGGAGUCGCGAGCGCGAGGGCGAAACGCGCCGGAGACGUCCAGAGACGGAGGGGGAGAGAGAGAGAGAGAGAGAGAGAGAGAGAGUCGUGAGCAGUGGUCGACGAUCGCUUUCGAAAUGCGCUCCGGACGGACGAUGACGCCGCGACGUCGCCUGUAACCAGCACCGUGCAGCCGCCGCGUCCCUCCCGCGUUCCCGUCGUCGUCGUCGUCGUCGUCGUCAUCGGCGUCCGUCAAUCCGCGAGUCCGCGGUCGCGCGUAUCGACGAGGCCCGCGCGCGGGUUAUGACGCGCCGCGUCGCUUAGGGACGCUUCCUGGGGACGGCUUCGAGCAGCCCGCCCGUGCGUGCGUGCGUGCGUGCGUGCGUGCGAGCGAGCGAGACACUACGGCGACGAUGGAGCCCAGCGAGCAGCCGGCGACGGCCGCCGGUGAGUCGUGGUCGUCGGUGCCGGCGACCAAGGGCUCGUCUUGCCUCGAGGUGUCGAUGCCGAGGAAGUUCCGCGAGGAGGCCCGCCGCGCGCGGGCCCCGGACCUCAACUGGGCGAUGUGUGCCCUCUGCGUCGCCAGCCUCGCCGUGUCCGGCGUGCUGUACUACCGCGAGCUCGGUCUGGAGUCCAGGAUCGCCAAUCUCGAGGCCCGCUGCAGCGGCCAGCAGCUCUCGCCGCCGUUGCCGUCGGACGCUCUCCUCGUGCAGACCGGGGAACGGCUCGCGGCCAAGUCCAACGCGGUCUUCAGGAUCAAGCGCGACGUCGCCGAAUGCAAUUGUCCUCAAGGUCUGAAGGGUGAACCAGGUGCACCCGGCAAGAGGGGCAAGAAAGGGAAAAAGGGCGAUCCCGGGGAACCGGGCGCGCCGGGUGUGGCCGGGACGCCGGGCAAGAACGGUUUUCCGGGACCCAUCGGCUUGGACGGACCCAAGGGUGAUCCGGGCCGACCCGGGGACAAAGGACAGAAGGGCGAACUGGGCAGCCCCGGCUUCGACGUCUUUUCCGCAGUGAAGGUCAAUGCACAGGGAUUGGGGUUAAAGAGGUCGGUGACGACGCUCCGCGGCGGGACGCUCGGCUACGCGGAAAUCGUCGCCCUCAAGGGACUUCAGGAGCAAGGGCAUAAUAUCUCGACGCAGACCAUCAUACAACUGAAAGGAGAACCGGGAGAACCCGGACCGCCGGGACCACCCGGCCCGCCAGGAGCCGAGGGUCUCCCCGGGCAUGAGGGCAGACAAGGGAUUCCAGGCGAAGUCGGCGCGCCGGGGGAGAAGGGCGCACCCGGGCCGAACGGACCCGUCGGCCCGCCGGGAACGCCAGGACUUCCGGGUCCGAGGGGUGACAAGGGUGAUAAGGGCGAUCGGGGCUUCACGACGACCUUGAAGGGCGAGCAGUUCCCGAGCGGUGUAUUCGAAGGCCCGCCUGGUCCACCUGGACCACCUGGGCCCCAGGGCGAGAAGGGAGAACUGGGCCCGACGGGACCGCCCGGCAUGACCGGCGAGAAAGGUGCUCGGGGAAAGCCAGGGAAGAGGGGUUUCAAGGGUGAGAGCGCUGUGACUUUGGCGAGGGGUGCCCCCGGCCUGCCGGGUCCGAAGGGUGAGCCCGGCGAACGGGGUUACCGGGGCGAAAAAGGCGCCAUAGGAGACGCGGGUGCACCAGGGCCCAAGGGAGAGCUGGGACCGCAGGGCAUGCCCGGGCUCAACGGAACCGAAGGUGAUCCCGGUAUCCAAGGACCUCCCGGAUUACCAGGAAUUUCCGGACCGAAAGGUGAAAAAGGCGAGUACGGCGACAUCGGUCCCCCCGGGCUCAUGGGGCCGCCGGGUCUACCUGGGCCGCCGGGCUACCCCGGGCUGAAGGGCGAAAAGGGGGAGAAGGGCGAAUCGAAGUACAAAAAGCUCCGGCGAAGACAGGGAGACGGCACGUUUGAGGUGAACGCCGGGGAAAUGAUAAUGGGACCGCCCGGACCUCCGGGACCAGCUGGCACCCCCGGACUGCAGGGUCCGCCUGGGAUCAAGGGUGACAGAGGACACGAUGGCGCCAAGGGCGAUCCUGGAGAAAAGGGUGGCAAAGGGGAUCCUGGUCCGAUGGGACUGCCCGGCCCCAUGGGACUGAGGGGAGAGUCCGGAAAGCCCGGGGAUUCCGGGAAACCUGGCGCGAUGGGACCACCAGGAUUAGACGGCAUGAAGGGUGCGCAGGGCGAACCAGGAACGAAGGGGGAAAGAGGAGAUCCGGGAUUGCCUGGUACCGACGGGAUUCCCGGCGCGGAGGGACCGAAGGGAGAGAAAGGUGCCAAAGGCGAAUCUCACGUCGGGGAAUCCUCCGUGCUACCGCCGCCGCCGCCGCCGCCGCCGCCGUCGUCGUCGUCGUCGUCGUCGUCGUCGUCGUCGCCUUCGUCAUCUUCGCCAUCGUCGUCGUCGUCGUCGUCGUCAUCGUCGUCGUCGUUCACGACGAGGAAACUGCGAGAUCUCGCAGAGCGACAGGCUACAAGGUCACGGAAAAUAACGGAGGACACUAAAAAGCAUGGGGGGGACACGAUGAGGGGGUGCAUCCCCCGUGCAACGCCUUUCCCCUCUGAGAGAGAGAGAGAGAGAGAGAGAGAGAGAGAGAGAAAAGAAGAGAAAAAAAAAAGAGAAACCAAAAAGUCCCACAACCACACCACGUUGCUCCUCGCGAGACUAACACACUCUGCGCGUACAUACGUGUCUCUGUAUACUGUGUAUAUAUAUACAUGUAUAUAUGCUGCCACCAUCGUUCCGCGGAAAAAAAGCGAAAGAAAAAAAAAAAAAAAAAAAGAAAGAAAAAAAGAAAGAAGCGUUUAGUCACGAGGCGCGAAUAAUGUCGGCGGAGACAUUAGACUCGCUCGAGGAACGAAGCGGUGGGGACGAGAGAGCGCCGGUCGCGUCGGGAACCGCUCCGAUAGCACCGAUGACGAUAAUGGCAACAAUAA